GGGGAGCGGCGGCGGUAGGCCCGGUGUUUGGGGCCGGCCAUGGAGUCGGCGGACGGGGCGGCGCGGACGCUGCUCAGCAUCAGGCGGCUGUCGCGGGGGCCGCCGUUCGGGCGGGCGCAAGGGUGGCUAGGGCUCAGCCACGGCGGCCAGCUGCUCUCCCCGCCCGCGCCGCACUCCCAGGAAAGCGCAGACCCUCAGAAAACAGCGUUCCUGCUGCGCAAGCAGUGGGCCUUAUACAGCGUGACCCCUCUCUACAAGUUCUGUGACGCUCACCUGAAGGAUUACGCUCGGCUGCUGAGUGCUUUUAUUGCUGCCGAGAAGCAGAAAGGAUUGGCAGUGGAAGUAGGGGUUGAGCUGGACAUCAAAGUGACUGUCUCCAGCGUUCCUGACCUGAAAGGUAGUGACCGAGACCAGGCUGCGAUUCUCGUUCAGGUAAGGAGCCUUCCUGGUGCUAAAUCCGAGAGAAUAAUUGCUGGAAUAUCUGUUGAGACUUAAUAAAAGUAAGUCCUGUCUAUUUUCAAUUCAAACAGAACAUUUAGAUGAUCUUUGAGGUCCCUUCCAACCCUAACCAUUCUAUGAUUCUAUUUCAUAAACAAUGGAUGUGUUUAAUUGCAGCUGCGAGUUCAACUCUUUGAUAAGCUCAGUGUAAGACUACGGGGAGCAAUCCUCUUAUUUUUUAGCUCAGCAGUCAGUUUACUGCAAGAACUUGGACAGGUAGUUUAACUUCUCGGAUGAAGUUGGUGUAAUCCUACCUCCUGGUCACAGUUUGAGUCCAAUUAAUAUUU